CCGUGCAUGUGUGUGGCCCCAGGAGAGGCUGAAAAAGAACAAUCAGUGUUGAAGCAGUGAAGCACCCGAAACUGACGCUAGCACAACUCCAACAGAGUGAAAGAGAAACAAAAAAUGGGAAAAAGAGGCUGUAACCACUAACUCUGAACUGAAAUAGAAUUUCUUGGUAGGUUCAUACCCUCUGACCUGCAGGAGGAGCGGGAGCAGCAGCUGUAAUGGACUAUGAACCAAAGAAACCCAAGAAGGCCUUCGUGUCCCCGAUUAAGCGCCUCGUCUGGUCCAAAUCUGGUCACAGACCAACAGACCGUGGCAGCGUGUACCGGCGCCCGCUGCACACCGUCCCUCUCUACCCCCCUGACUUCCUCAUCCAUCCUGAGAGACUCAUCUUUGAUUAUGUGGAAAAAGAGGUUAAGUUCCUCGGUCAGCUGACCUGGGUUUCUGUUUCAUUAAACCCCUCCAGUCGAGAUGAACUUCUUCAGCUGCUGGACACUGCCAGGCAGCUGAAGGUGCUGCCCCUGAAGACCAGCGAGGAUCAGGACUGCAUCCUGAGUCUGUCCGCUCGCUGCCUGCUGCUGACGUGGAGGAACAAUGAGAAGCUGCUCAUGAGGAUCCCCACACAUGAGAUUGCUGCUGCCUCCUACCUGAGAGAUGAUGCACUGCACCUGCUGGUCCUCAAGACAGGUCUGAAUGUUGACUCGAUUGUGGCUGGAGAGGACAGUCUGGACAGGAAAAAGCCGUCCGGUAUCGAUGGGAGACGCCAAACCAUGAGCGGCAAUGCUGACCCGCGCCCUGCAGGGGGCACCAUGGAGCGGAGACACACCAUUUGUGGAGUGGACUGGAGGCCAUCGCUGUCCAGAAGCAACCAUGACAAAAAUCAGAACCUGGAAAGAGGAGGAGGAGGAGGCGGUGGUGCUGGGGGGGAACGGGGUGGAGGAGGAAGCUUAGAGAGAAAGAGGGCAGUGGGGAGCUGGGAAAGGAGGCAGCAGACUCGCAAAACAGGGGGGAGCUGGGAAAACCGCAGAGCGAGGCCCAUGAGUGGGAGCUGGGGAGUAGGAGGAGGCGCUGGAGGGAGCUGGGAAAAGAGGCAUGGAGGUGGGAGCUGGGAGAGGAGAGGCGGAGGUGCCGGGGGCAGCUGGGAGCGGCGGCAGGCGUACACAGGAAGCUGGGAAAGAGGCAAAACCUACGGCAGCUGGGAGAGGAGGAACUACAACCCACUGGAGCCAACGCCGUGUCCAGACGCCUACUGCAACCUGGUCAUCCUGGCUGUGGAGAACAAGGACGCUGCAGAGGAGUACUGCUCUCUGAUUUGUCAGAUGUUCCAGAUCAUUUACGGCCAUCAGAUCAUUGAGUGUGUGGACAGAGCGGGCUUUCACCACACCAUGCCGGACCGCUUCUGGCUGCAGAGGAGCGACAGCUGUCUGACUGACAUGUCCUACAGUUACGAUCCAGAGUUUAGCUGCUGCAGCUCAUACGACGGCUCCCAGGAGGCCUUUGAGCUCUACUACGGUGAAACCUACAGCGAGAGCUCGUCGGUCUCUCUGCAGGAUUCUCAUCGCAGCCUGGCGUCAGUCAGCGAUGGGGGAGACGGCAACCCCGCCCUGCAACUGAUGCAGGAGUACAUGAUCACUCUGCGGAACAAGCUGACUCCCGUGGAGCUGCAGCACUUUGCAGUGUUGCUGAGAGAAUACAGGCUGGGAUCCGACAUCGACCACUUCUGCUGUGAGCUGCUGCACCUCUACGGAGAAAACCGCAAGUUCCUGCUGCUGGGCAUGCGUCCCUUCAUCCCAGACAAAGAUGUCGGCGUGUUCGAGAGUUUCCUGGAAAGUAUAGGAAUCCGGGAGGGUGGGAUUCUGACCGACAGCUUUGGACGUAUUAAACGCAGUAUGAGCAACACGUCGGCCACAGCAGUGAGAGGGUACGACAGUGGCUCCCUGGCUUCAGGGUCUCAGGAAUUUAACCGACGAAUCUCUGACAUCACCCACGACAUCCAAGCUCUUGGUUUCCAGGACACUCACGGCGACAUUGAGGAGGAAGACUACUACCUCUGAUGGAAGGACGAAGAAAAAAUUCACAGUAAAUAUCCAGCAGCAGAUCCGACUUCUAUCCAGAACUGAAUGAAAAGUUAAAAACGCUAAAAGCUGUGUGGAACCUGGCUUUAAUUACACUAAUACAGGUGGAUAUGAAUACAAAUAUAUAAUUGUUUGUUGUCAUAAGAUAACAGCUGGAGUCAGUUUAUGGCAACAAUUUUACAAAAAUAAAUAGAAGUCUUGGUUAUCAUGUUGUUAAAUGCUUGUAAAUGUUUUUGUAAAUAAAAUGUAAGAAUUCAGAAAGUGUUGAGAAUUCUUGGUGAAGACAUCAUCUGAUACAUGAUCAUAAAAUGUGUCUCACUAUUAAAAUGCUUGUGAAUGUUUUGAUGAAUGUUGUGAAAAAUACUUGAAAAGGAUAAAACACUUCAUGCUGUUUCUUUGUAAGACUAAUGAACUGUAAUGUGUAUCUGUCGCCACAAGGGGGCAGUUGAGUGUAGCAGUUGAGUAGGAUGCUUUUCAUGAGAUGAGGUCAAAGCUGACACGCUGAAAAGCAGAAAUGUGAAUUUUAAUGAUGGAUGGAUGGAUGGAUGGAUGGAUGGAUGGAUGGAUGGCGGUCCUGCAUUGACCUGCUCCUCUCUCGGCUGCAUUAUGACCUACCCAUGAUGCACUGCUCCUCCAGCCUCUGGGGUUGUUCUGUGCCAACAUCACUGAAGAUCAGAGCUACAUAGAGUCAAUGACCUGACUGGAGUUGUGUUAUUAUGUAACAGAAGAACAGUGUGUGGAUUUCCUCAUAAAACCGUAAAACAAUCUGUCGGAAACGGAUGAACUUGAUUUUAUUUAGCAUAAAUAAAGAUCACAGGUUCAGAUUUUUUUAAGGAAAAAAAUUGAAGAUGUUUAUGCAAUA